AUGCUAGCUAAAUUAUUCAAAAUCCCUAACUUCGAUAGGUUUAUUAUUAUUCAAGUAUUUUAUUUGUAUAUUUUAGGGUUUUAACUCUAGUUAAUGUCUAGAAAAAGCAUUAUAAUUAAUAGAUGAAUGGGAAAGAGAAUUAGGAUCUACUUUAGAAAAAGUGACAUUUUUGCAUUUCAAUUAAAAAAUGCUUAUAGAAAAUUGUUCUAUUUAAACUUAUUAGAUAGCUUCACGCUUGUCAGAGAUUUUACAUUAUUUAUCAUAACUUUUAUUUUAAAAUAAUAAUUUAGUCAAUAAUUAAAACUAGUCUGCUAAACUUAUUGAUAAAUGUUGUGCAUUAUUGGAAAUAGUUUUAGUCACUGAAAAUGAGAAUAAAAAUGCUUCAAUUAUUUUGUUUUAAAUUUUAAGAUAAGCGAUUAGAUAAUAAUAAAAUAAUAAUAAUAAUCUGCAACCAUUAAGUAGAUUAUUAAUUAGACUUAUUAUUGAAUCAAAUAAUCAUCCCACUAUGACUCUUUAAUUACUAAAAAAAAUAAAUAAUAGUUUUAAUUAAGUUAAUUUAGAUUAAAAUAUUGAAAAGAUUAUUAUUGACUCACAAUUUGGAAAUCAUUUGUAAGAUGUUAUAUAGAAUUAUAUUCUAAUGAUUAACACGGAUAGCUCAAACACAUAACUCAUAAAUUAAUUAGGGGAUGAAAUUAAUAAAAUUUUAGAAUACUUAUAUAGAGUUCCUAAUAUUCUUACAUAAGGAACUGAUUUGUUAGUUAUAUCUAAAAUAAUUUCAGAUAUAGGUUCUCUAAUAUAAAUAACAAAAAAUUCAUCACAAGAGAACAUAAAAAAAAUUCAGAUAUUCUUAUUAUAACAAGCAAAUUCUAUUUCUAGGCCAGGAUUUUUAAAAAACUUUGAUGGCAUUUCCCAAAAUAGAAUUCAUGAAUAAUUAAUGAUUCAACUAGAAUAAAUGGGGUACUAAAGUUAAUUAAUAAAUAAUGUACUUAUGGAAAAUCCUAGAAUAAGAAAUGCGGGUUAAUUUAUUGAUUUUAUGACACUGAAUUAAUAGAGACUUGAAGUAGAAGGUAAAUUAACUCAAUAAAGUGAUGAAUUACUUAUCCAAUAAAUCAAAGCUUAAUAAGAAUCAAUAAGACUACAACUUAAAGAAAAUAUUAAGUUAUUUUCAAACUUUAAUAAUUUGAUUGGACUUGAGAUACAACUUAAUUUAUCAGAAAUAUUAAGCAUUUUAUAGUUAUCUGUUUAGAAGUAAUUUAACCUAAGUCUACAAUUUUAAGGAGUUGAAAUUGAAAUGUCUAACCAACCUGAUUAUAACUUAUAAAGUAUUAUUUUAGUAUUAAGCUUGCUUUAUAAAUAAUAAAUAUAAUAAUAAAGAUAAUAAUAAUAGUUAGAAUAAUAAUAAUAAUAAUAAUAAUAAUAAUAAUAAGAAUAACUAGACUCAAUAGCAAAGGAAUUACUUAAAUUACUUGAUGUUUUAUUAGAUUAGGUUGCUGACGAUUUAACAAUUAAAGCUGUAAAUUUUAUAUUAGCAGUUUUAAGUAAUUUAAUAACAAAAAAUUAAGAAUAUUUGAAUCUAAUAUUAGUAGGAGUCUAAAAAACACUUGAUUCGAAUGUUUAAAAUCAUAUUACUUUUUAGAUAUGUAUUGAAAUCCUAGUUAAAGUUUUUUAAAAAAAUAGAUCAUGUAUCAACCAAUUUGUUUAGUAAAUGAAUGGUUUGUAAUCAGUAUUUAAAGUGAAAGGGGAUUCAUAUAAUCAUUUUAUAAGUCUUUCAAAAUUAUCAUUAGCCAUAAUUUAUGAUAAAAUCAUUAUAAGAGCAUAAAUAGAAGCAUAAAUAAAGAAAACUAUUUUUGAUUAAGAAAACAAAGAAGAAGUCUAAAAAACAAAUCAAUAAUUAGAUUUAUAACAUUAUUAAAAUGAAAAUAUAUAUCCAAUUUGUUUGUAACCUGCAUAAUAUAAUAUUUAACCUUAAAAAUAUACAUAGAAGGAAUUAAAAACUGCGAUAUUAAUAGAUAUUUUAAUUAUAGAGAUUAAUUAUUUUUUAUGAUUAAGACCUUGAAUAUUUUAUAUCAAGUCGCCACAAACUUACUUUUAGAAAAGACAGAACCAGUAAUUACUAAUAGUUUAUCAGUUAAUUAAAUGGAAUUAGGAAUCAUAGGACAAAUAAAUCCAAUAGAAAUUAAUGACUAAGUAUUUUAGAAUGAUUAAACCUACUAAAGAUAUUAAGAAUAUAAUUCUUAAAAUGAAUAAUUUUAAUAUUAUUUAUAAAAUUGGCCUUUUUUAUCGAUUAAAAAUAGCCAACUUUAAGUGAAUGCUGAUUAACAAAUGGAACCAGAUAUUCAUUAAAUGUUAAAUAUUCCUUUAAUAAUUGAUUCUUAAGAAAUCUUUGAUAAAGAAUUGGAAGAAGAAUUAAAUUAUUGGACAGAUGAUGUUUAGUACAUUAUCGAAGAAGAACCUGAAAAUAAUUAAAAUAUUGAUAAUAGUUAUAAUGGGUUUAUAAAUGGUAUAUCAGAUUAAUUAGAAAAUUAGAUAUAUAGAACAAUUAAAUUUUAAGGAUUACGUUUUCCAUAUUAAUUUUAAAUAUCCUUACAAGAAUUUAAACAAAUUUUACCAUCAUAAAAUAAUGCCUAACUGAUGCCUAAUUUUAAUCGAUGGUAGUUGAAUUUAUAUUAAGAGAAUAUUAAUUAAUUACCAAAUGUUAUUAGAAAUUAAUUAGUUCCUAGAUUAGGAAUGAUGGAUCAAUUACCAAAUAUUUUUAGAAAUUAAUUAGGUCCUAGAUUAGGAAUGAUGAAUCAAUUACCAAAUGUUAAUAGGAUCAUUUUAGGUCCUAGAUUAGGAAUGAUGGAUCAAUAACUUAACCUCAAUAGAAAUUAAAAUUAAAAUUUUGGAAACGUUUAAAAUCAAAAUAUAAACAAUAAUGGAGUAGAUGAUGAUGAGGAAAACGAAGAUAUGAUUGAUCAAAUAAAUUUUGAAAUGGGUCUAGGAUAAAAUCAACGAAAUAAUUAUGACUUUUAAAUGGAAUAUGGAAAUUAAUAGUAACAAUAAUAACCAAAUAAUUCACCUCUACGUUAGAACAUUUAACCUUAAUUUUUAUAAAUAAAAAAUAUUGUUAAUUCUGUAUUGAAUAAUAGAAAAUAGACCCUAAAGCAUUUAGGUAAAAUAGAUUAAUAAUUAAUAUAAUUUCUGUUAAAAUUCUUAUAUGUAGAUGAUAAUUUUGGCUCAAAUUAUGAUUACAUAAAUACUCUUUUAAUAAGUCUUGGAAUAAAAGCAAAUUUUAACAAUUAAAUAAUCUAAGCUGCCAUUAACACUUUAAAAAAGACUACUUAAAAUUAAAUCUAAGAAAAUGCUGAUUAACAAACUUUUAUACUUUCGAGAAAUGAAAUAAUAAGAGAUUUUGAUUAUUCCUCAAAUUUUAUCUAAAAUAAAGCAUUCAAACUUUUACUUUAAUUACAAUCAACUUCAAAAUAGAAUAUAUCAGAUGAAAAUAUUAAAGAUUUUUUUGGGCUACUUUUUAAAUUAAAAGGCAAUAGUUUGAAACAACUCCUUUAAUUUUUAGCCAAUUAAGAAUAAAAAUAUCAAUUAACAUUAGCUCCAGAGCAGGUUAAAAUGUUAUAUAAUUUUAUGAUUGAAUAGGAUGAUAUUUAAAAUAGUUCUAAUUGUAUGAAGUUUAUAUCUAAUCUAUGGAAUGUUGAUAAAAAUGCGUAUAAAUUAAUGUCAUAUAUGAAAUUUUAAAUUAUUAGCAUUUCUGAAUAUUAUACAAAUUAAUUCCUGAAUUAAUAAUAAGUUGAGUAAACAUUUAAAUAGUUAAAUGAAGUAGAAAAAAUAUUUUAGAUGAUUUAUAUUGCAUCCAAGGAUGAAUAACAAUUGGAGUAAUGCAGAAUCUUUGUUAAUUCUAAUGAAAUAUAAGACUUAUUUAACAUUUUAGAUUAAUUAAUAUCUUAGAUUUAGAAUUUACAUGAUUGUAGAUAUAACUAGAGAUUAUUACCAAUACUAAAAGUAUUUUUGAUAUGUCAUUAAAUUAUUCAUCCAAUUGCAAAUUAAAAUUUACAACUCUUAAAAGUAUCUUCAAUCGAAAUCUCACAACCAGAAAUCUCACAAACAGAAUCAAUAGGAAAUUUGAUUGAUUUUGAAAGGUUAUUUAAUAUACUUUGUUAAAAUGGCAGUGAAUACAUCAAUCAAAUAGUAAAAGAGUAAAUUUACAAAAUGAUAACUUAUUAUAGAACUAUUAGAUAAAAUCAAUAAAGAAGGAAUGAUUAUCUUUUUGAAAAUGAUUUUUUAGAUGGCAUUUUUACGUAUCAUCCUCAAGUAAUAAAGUUUUAAAAUAAGAAAGAUUAUUUUUAUUAAAAAUAAUAAAUAAAUGGAAGGAAUUAAUAACAAAUUUUUGGAGGAGGAAGAAUGCUUAGAAUAAGGAGAGAAUACAUUUUCGAAGAUUCAUACAUAAAAAUUAAAAGCAUAACCGAUCCUAAUAUUCUUAAAGAAUAAUUUGAAAUUAUUUUUGAAGGGGAAUAGGGAAUUGAUGCAGGUGGAUUGACGAAAGAUUGGAUUUACAAACUUUCAGAAUAAAUUGUAGAUUAAAAAUAUAAACUAUUCAUACCUAAUUCAGACAAUACAUGUUUUAUAAUAAAUAGGGAAUCAUCUUGUGAUCCUGAUCAUCUUAACAAAUUUAAAUUUGUUGGAAAGAUUUUUGCUAUUGCCAUUCUAACAAAAGUUCCUAUAUAUGGCUAAUUUCCAAUCUCAAUGUUUAAACAUAUUAUAGGCUAAAAAUUAUCCAGAGCUGAUAUCCAAAAUUAUGAUGAAGGGCUGAAUAAUACAUUCGAUCUUAUCUAUAAUUAGAAAAUUGAUUCUAGUUGGAAUUUGUUUUGGGCAUACACAAUUAAAUAAGGUGGUGUACCUGUAGAUGUGGAACUUAAACCUGGGGGUAAAGAUAUUGAAGUUACAGAAUAUGAUAAAAAAGAUUAUGUAAGAAAAUAUUGUCACUAAAUUAUGGCAAAAGAUAUUGAAGAUUAAAUUAAAGCCAUUUAAGAUGGAUUUUAUUCACUAAUAUCAAAAGAAGAUAUUAAAAUCUUUGAUUCGAUUUAAUUAGAAUUAUUACUAUGUGGUGAAUCAAAUAUAGAUGGUAUUAAUUUAUAUAAAAAAUCAUUAGUUGAGGAUCUUAUAAGAACUUUGAGAUAUCAAGGUUAUACUGCCCAACAUUAAGUGAUUGGAUGGUUAAAAAAUAUAUUGAGGAGUUUUAAUUAAGAUAUGCUAGCUAAGUUUUUAAGUCUUGCAACAGGUAAAAAUCAGAUAAAUUUAAGGCCACCCAAAACUUCCUGUUGGAGGAUUUUAAAAUCCAGAGUGCAGAAUUACAAUAAGGUUACCAAAUUAUCAAUAAAAUGAUAUUGAUUCAAGAUUACCAACAGGGCAUACAUGGUAUAACUAAAAUUUAAUAAAUAGCACUCGUGUAUUAGACCUACCUGCCUAUUCCAACGAAGAAACUUUAAGGAAAUAAUUAGAAACAGCUUUAAAUGAAGGAGGAGAAGGAUUUGAUCUAGCUUGAUC